CGCCCCCGCCGCUGCAACGCUGAGGAAGACGCUGGGAAACCGCGGGAUCUGUGCGUGCUCAAGAGGAGGUGGAGGUGGCACAGCAAUGGUUAGAGACCCUGCUGGGAGCAAACAGCCUCCGGCUGCAUAGGGGCCGGUGGACUUACAGUCUGGUACCCCAUGGAAACAAGAAGCCCUGGGUUGAACAGCAUGAAGCCCAAGUCACUGCAGCUGGUGCUGGAGGAGCAAGUCCUGGCACUGCAGCAGCAGAUGGCAGAGAACCAGGCAGCCUCCUGGCAGAAGCUGAAGAGCUCCCAGGAGGCCCAGCAGAGGCAAGCAGCUCUUGUGAGGAAGCUGCAGGCCAAGGUGUUGCAGUACCGGAACUGGUGCCAAGAGCUGGAGAAGCGGCUGGAAGCCACUGGAGUGAGGACUGAUCCCUCAGAGGUGGGAAAAUGUGGAGGAACCAAACCUGGAACAAUUGCUGAUUCGACUGGAGGAGGAGCAACAGAGUGCAGGUGUGAAAGUCUAGCAGAGGUGAACACCCAGCUUCGAUUGCACAUGGAAAAAGCUGAUGUGGUGAAUAAAGCCCUUCGGGAAGAUGUAGAAAAAUUGACAGUGGAUUGGAGCCGGGCCCGGGAUGAGCUAAUGAGGAAGGAAAGCCAAUGGCGGAUGGAGCAGGAGUUCUUCAAGGGCUACCUGAAAGGGGAGCAUGGUCGCCUUCUCAGUCUAUGGCGGGACGUGGUGACCUUCCGACGCCACUUCCUGGAAAUGAAGUCAGCUACUGACAGAGAUCUGACGGAGCUGAAGGCUGAGCACGUGAGGCUUUCAGGGUCCCUGUUGACCUGUUGUCUGCGCUUGACUGUGGGUGUACAGUCUCGGGAAUCAGAUGGAUCUGGGAGACAAGAUGGAAGUGAGCCAGCUCAGCUGCUGCUGCUACUAGCUAAGACCCAGAAGCUGGAGAAGGAAGCCCAUGAGAAGAGCCAGGAGUUAAUACAGCUGAAGAGUCAAGGAGAUCUGGAGAAGGCUGAGCUUCAGGAUCGGGUGACGGAGCUCUCUGCUCUACUGACCCAAUCCCAGAAGCAAAAUGAAGAUUAUGAAAAGAUGGUAAAGGCUCUGAGAGAGACAAUGGAGAUUCUGGAGACAAACCACGCAGAAUUAAUGGAACACGAGGCAUCUCUUAGUAAGAAUGCCCAAGAGGAGAAGCUGUCUUUACAGCAGGUGAUCAAGGAUAUAACCCAGGCCAUGGUAGAAGAAGGGGACAAUAUGGGCCAAGGCUCUCAUCAUGAGUGCUCUUUGGAAUUGGACACCAGUGGCUUCCCUUCCCAGUUUGAUUCCCAGGACCCAGACAAGACUCUUACUCUGGUGCGUUCAGUGCUGACUCAGAGACGCGAGGCUGUGCAGGACCUGAGGCAGCAGCUUUCAGGCUGCCAGGAGGCUGUGAGCUUAUUACAGCAGCAGCAUGAUCAGUGGGAAGAAGAAGGCAAAGCCCUGAGGGAGCGACUACAGAAGCUCACUGGGGAGCGGGACACUCUGGCAGGGCAGACUGUGGACCUCCAGGGAGAGGUGGACUCCCUCAGCAAGGAACGAGAGCUGCUGCAGAAGGCCAGGGGAGAGUUGCAGCAGCAACUGGAGGUGCUGGAACAGGAGGCCUGGAGGCUGCGAAGGACAAACAUGGAGCUUCAGCUACAGGGAGACUCUGCUCAGGGGGAGAAGGAAGAGCAGCAGGAGGAGCUGCACCUGGCUGUCUUGGAAAGGGAGCGCCUUCAGGAGACCCUGGUGGGCCUGGAAGCCAAACAGUCAGAAUCACUCAGUGAACUGAUCACUCUUCGAGAAACCCUGGAGUCAAGUCGCCUGGAAGGGGAGUUACUGAGGCAAGAGCAAACCGAAGUGACUGCAGCGCUGGCGAGGGCAGAACAGUCCAUUGCAGAGCUGUCGAGUUCUGAGACUAGUUUGAAGGCAGAAGUGGCUGAUCUUCGGGCUGCAGCCGUCAAGCUCAGUGCCUUAAAUGAGGCUCUGGCUUUAGAUAAAGUUGGGCUGAACCAGCAGCUUCUCCAGUUGGAACAGGAGAACGAAUCCAUCUGCAGAAGACUGGAGGCUGCAGAGCAGGCGAGGAACGCCUUGCAGGUGGACCUGGCAGAGGCAGAAAGGAACAGGGAAGCCCUCUGGGAGAAGAAAACUCACCUGGAGGCCCAGCUACAGAAAGCAGAGGACACUGGGGCUGAGCUGCAGGCAGAACUCAAGGGGAUCCAAGAAGAGAAAGAAGUUGUUCAAGAGAAACUAAGUGAGGCCUGUCACCAGCAGGAGGCAGCCACAGCUCAGCUGGAGCAGCUGCGUCAGGAGGCAAAGCGACAGGAAGACGUGUUUGCCAGGGCCAUCCAGGAGAAGGAAGCCCUGGUACGAGAGAGGGCAGCUCUGGAGGUGCGACUGCAAGCAGUGGAGCGGGACCGGCAGGAUCUCACUGAACAACUACUGGGGCUCAGCUCAGCCAAGGAGCUACUGGAAAGCAGUCUAUUUGAAGCCCAACAACAAAAUUCUGUGAUAGAGGUCAUCAAGGGGCAACUGGAGGUCCAGGUUCAAACUGUCAUUCAAGCCAAGGAAGUAAUCCAAGGGGAAGUGAGGUGCCUAAAGCUGGAACUGGACACUGAACGGAGCCAGGCAGAGCAGGAACGGGUCACAGCUGCCAGAGAGCUGGCCCGGGCGGAGCAGGAGGGGCAGGCUGCCCUGGAGCAGCAGAGGAUAGCCCAUGAGGAGGAAGUGAACCAGCUCCAGGAGAAAUGGGAGAAAGAGCGCUGCCAGCACCAGCAGGAGCUGGCUAAGGCUCUGGAGAACCUAGAGAGGGAAAAGAUGGAGCUGGAAAUGAGACUGAGGGAGCAGCAGAUAGAAACUGAAGCCAUCCGAGCACAGAGGGAAGAAGAACGGACCCAGGCCGAGAGCGCCCUAUGCCAGAUGCAGCUGGAAACAGAGAAGGAGAGAGUGUCCCUCCUGGAGACUCUGCUGCAGACCCAGAAGGAGCUGGCAGAUGCCAGCCAGCAACUGGAACGGCUGAGGCAGGACAUGAAGGUUCAGAAGUUAAAGGAGCAGGAGACCACUGGGAUGCUGCAGACCCAGCUCCAGGAGGCUCAGCAGGAGCUGAAGGAGGCAGCACGGCAGCACCAAGACGAUCUCAUUGCCCUCCGAGAAGAGGGCAGCACCCUGCUGCAGGACAAGAUCGACCUGCAGAAGCAGAUGGAGGACUUGAAGUCUCAGCUAGUGGCCCAGGAUGAGUCCCAAAGGCUAGUGGAGCAGGAGGUUCAGGAGAAGCUGAGAGAAGCCCAGGAGUAUGGCCGAAUUCAGAAGGAGCUGGAAAGUGAGAAAGCCAGCCUGACUUUGUUGCUGGAGGAAAAGGAACAGAGACUCCUUAUUUUACAAGAAGCUGACUCUGUUCGUCAACAGGAGCUGAGCUCCCUGCGCCAGGACAUGCAGGCGGCCCAGGGAGGGCAGAAGGAGCUCAGUGCCCAGGUGGAGUUACUGAAGCAGGAGGUGAAAGAAAAGGAGGCAGACUUUCUGGCCCAAGAAGCACAGCUGCUGGAGGAACUGGAGGCAUCUCGGAUCACGGAACAACAGCUACGAGCAUCCUUAUGGGCCCAGGAAGCCAAGGCUGCCCAACUACAGCUGCGACUGCGCAGCACAGAGAGCCAGCUGGAGGCGCUGGCCACAGAGCAGCAACCUGGGAACCAGGCCCAGGCCCAGCUGGCCAGCCUCUACUCUGUCCUGCAGCAAGCCCUGGGGUCUGUUUGUGAGAGCAGGCCUGAGCUGAGUGGUGGUGGAGAUUCUGCUCUCUCCUUCUGGGGUCCUGAGCCAGACCAGAAUGGAGCUCGUAGCCUGUUUCAGAGAGGUUCCCUCCUGACGGCUCUCUCAGUUGAGGCAGUAGCAUCUGCCCUUCACAAGCUUCACCAAGACCUGAGGAAGACUCAGCAGGCCCGGGAUGAUCUAAGGGAUCAGGCCCAGAAGCUGGAGCAGCGUCUGACUGAGACUGAGGCGGAGAAGAACCUGGUCCACACAGAGUUGCAGGAUCUGCAGAGACAGCUCUCCCAGAACCGAGAAGAGAAAUCAAGGUGGGAAGGAAAACAGAACUCCCUUGAGUCUGAGCUGAUGGAGCUGCAUGGAACUGUGGCUUCCUUACAGAGUCGCCUACGGCGAGCAGAGCUGCAGGGCAUGGAAGCCCAGAGCGAGCGGGAGUUACUUCAGGCAGCUAAGGAGAACCUGACAACCCAGGUGGAACAUCUGCAAGCAUCUAUUGCAGAAGCCAGGGCUCAGGCAAAUGCUGCCGGGGUACUGGAAGAAGACCUGAGAAUGGCUCGCUCGGCUCUGAAACUGAAAAAUGAGGAGGUGGAGAGUGAGCGUGAGAGAGCCCAGGCUCUGCAAGAGCAGGGGGAGCUGAAGGUGGCCCAGGGGAAGGCUUUGCAGGAGAAUCUGGCUCUCCUGGGCCAAACCCUAUCUGAAAGAGAAAAAGAGGUGGAGACCUUGCAGGGACAAAUCCAGGAACUUGAGAAGCAACGGGAAAUGCAGAAGGCUGCUUUGGAGCUGCUGUCUCUGGACCUGAAGAAGAGGAACCAAGAGGUGGACCUGCAACAAGAACAGAUUCAGGAGCUAGAGAAGUGUAGAUCUGUCCUAGAGCAUCUGCCCAUGGCUGUCCAAGAGCGAGAGCAGAAGCUGACUGUGCAGAGGGAGCAGAUCAAAGAGCUCGAGAAGGAUCGGGAGACUCAGAGGAACAUCUUGGAGCAUCAGCUUCUAGAACUUGAGAAGAAGGCCCAAGUGAUUGAGUCCCAGAGAGGACAGAUUCAGGAUUUGAAAAAGCAGUUGGUUUCUCUGGAAUGCCUGGCCCUGGAACUGGAGGAAAACCGUCACAAACUUGAGUGCCAGCAGAAGGUGAUUGAGGAGCUAGAAGGCCAGCGGGAAAGGCAGAGGGUGGCUCUGACCCACCUUACACUGGACCUGGAGGAAAGGAGCCAGGAGCUGCAGGCUCAAGGCAGCCAGAUGCAUGAGUUGGAAAGCCACAGCACGCUUCUGGCAAGAGAGCUGCAGGAGAGGGACCAGGAGGCAAAGACCCAGCAAGAACAGAUUGAGGAGCUUCAGAGGCAGAAGGAGCAUCUGACUCAGGAUCUUGAGAGGAAAGACCAGGAGCUGAUGCUACAGAAGGAGAGGAUCCAGGUUCUAGAAGAUCAAAGGACACUGCAGACCAAGAUACUAGAGGAGGACCUGGAGCAGAUCAAGCUGUCCUUGAGAGAGCGAGGCCAGGCACUGGCCUCUCAGAGGCAGCUGAGGCAGGAGCGGGCAGAGGAGGGGAAGGGCCAGGGGAAAGCCCAGCGUGGGAGCCUAGAGCACAUGAAGCUGAUCCUGCGUGACAAGGAGAGGGAGGUGGAAUGCCAGCAAGAGCAUCUCCAGGAACUCCAGGGUCACAAGGACCAGCUGGAGCAGCAGCUCCAGGGCCUGCACAGGAAGCUGGGUGAUACCAGCCUACUACUGACCCAGCGAGAGCAGGAGAUAGUGGUCCUGCAGAGGCACCUGCAGGAAGCCAGGGAACAAGCAGAGCUGAGAGAACACUCACUUCAGGGUCAAUUGGAAGAGGCCCAGAGAGCCCUAACCCAAAGGGACCAGGAACUCGAAGCUCUGCAGCAAAAGCAGCAGCAGGCCCAGAGGCAGGAGGAGAAUGUGAAGGAAAGGGCAAAUGCACUCCAAGGAGCUCUGGAACAGGCCCAUGUAACCCUGAAGGAGUGCCAGGGUGAGCUUGAGGACCAUAAAGAGCAGGUACACAGGCUCCAGGAGGAGCUGUCAGUGGAAGGCCGGCGGGUGCAGGCCCUGGAGGAAGUGUUGGGAGACCUUCGGGCCGAGUCUCGGGAGCAGGAGAAGGCUCUGAUGGCCCUCCAGCAGCAGUGUGCCGAGCAGGCACAGGAGCACCAGGCAGAGGCCACAGCCCUGAAGGACAGCUGGCUGCGGGCAGAAGCGAUGCUCAAGGAACGUGACCAGGAGCUGGAGGCUCUGCGAGCAGAAAGCCAGUCCUGCCAGCAUCAGGAGGAGGCUGCCUGGGGCCAGGCAGAGGCUCUGCAGGAGGCCCUAAGCAAGGCUCAGGCCGCCCUGCAAGAAAAAGAACAACACCUCCUUGGGCAGGCAGAAUUGCUCCGCAGUCUAGAGGCCAGCACUGCCACCUUGCAGGCUGCUCUGGACGCCUGCCAAGCACAUGCCAGGCAGCUGGAGGAGGCCCUGAGGACACGAGAAGAUGAGAUCCAGGACCAGGGUCUGCGACACCAGGAGGACAUACAACAGCUGCAGCAGGCACUUGCCCAGAGGACUGAAGAACUGAGACAUCAAAGGGAGCAGAGGCAGUUGCUAGAGAAGUCUCUGACCCAGAAGGGCCAAGAAGAUGUGAUCCAAGAGAAGCAGAAUCUACGGCAAGAGAGAGAAGAGGAUGAAAUGAGGGACCUUCGUGAGAGUCUAAGGGAGCUACAGCUGAUUGUAGCCCAGAGGGAAGAAGAGAUCCUAGAGCUGAGGGAGGCUCAGCAAAGGAAAGAUCUAGAGACCUCAUUCCAGAACCACAAAGUCUUCCCAGUGGAAGAGCCAUUAGGGCCCAGGCUGCAGCGGGAGCUGGAGCGACUACAGGCAGCCCUGAGGCAAACAGAGGCCAGGGAGAUUGAGUGGCGGGAAAAGGCUCAGGACUUGGCACUAUCACUGGCCCAGAGCAGGGCCGGGGUCAGCAACCUGCAGGAGGUCGCCAUGUUCCUACAGGCCUCCCUCCUGGAGCGGGAUUCAGAGCAGCAGAGGCUGCAGGAUGAGCUGCAGCUCACCAGACAAGCUCUGGAAAAGGAGCGGCUACAAGGCCCAGGUUCGACCAGCAGAGCAGAGCAGGAGCCUCGAGGAGGGCAGGGCACACAGCUGGGAGAGGGCUCAGGAAUGGAAACUGAGCCUAGUCCUGGAACAGAGGAGAAGCAGCCAUGGAGACAGAGGCUCGAACACCUACAGCAAGUGGUGGCACGGUUGGAGGUCGACCGGAGCCUACUGCAGCGCCACAAUGUCCAGCUGCGGACCACCCUGGAGCAGGUAGAGCGAGAGCGGAGGAAGCUGAAGAGGGAUUCCAUGCGUGCAUCCCGGACCGGAGCCCUAGAGAUCAGCGAAACCAGGACUUCAACACCCACACAGCAGGAUGGAAGAGGACAGAAGGGAACUGCAAAUGCCCAGCAUGUGUUUGAACUACAGAAAGAGGUGGCCCUGCUGCGAGCCCAGCUGGCCUUGGAGCGGAAGCAGAGACAGGACUACAUCGCACGCUCAGUGCAGACCAGCCGGGAGCUGGCAGGCCUGCACCACAGCCUGUCCCACUCACUUCUUACUGUGGCCCAGGCCCCUGAGGCCACCGUCCUGGAGGCCGAGACACGCAAGCUGGAUGAGUCCCUGACUCAAAGUCUGACAUCCCCAGGACCAGUCCUGCUGCAGCCCAGCCCCAGCCCCAGCACUACCCAAGCCACCUCCAGGUAGCAGCCACAGCCACAGCAGGAUAGAGGCCAGCCUGGGAGCACACAGACAGAAGACCAAAGAGCAGGUUGUGGCUCCUCCACCCAGCUACAGGUUUGCCAAAGGAAAAGUCUGGCUCUGUUACCCAUCCUGGGAAUCCCAGGUCAGGUGGCAUUCUCAGGAAGAGAAAGGAAAACUAUGAGGCUAGGGAGGUCCCUAACCCACAUGGGGAUGAGGCAAACUGGACUGCCCUCUGUCACCCAGAGGAGUGCCUUGGCCUGACUGAGGGAUGUCUCCCACCCCUUGUCUAGAUUCUGUUUCCCAGCACUUGACUUCUCUCUCCCCUUCUCCUUCAGCAAUAAACCCUGGGUCUUUGCAUUCA